CGACUCAUCUCCUGACUCCGAUGUGAGGUGAACUCGCGUCGGCAUCCGGAGGGACUUGACGUUGCCAACUUUGACACUGUUUUGAGUCGUGUAAAAAUGAUUUAUAAUCCACUCUAUGAUCCUCCGUUGUCGGAUAUAGUCUCCUAAAAUAUUUCUUCUCCAUUGAACUCACCUAAUUUGAGACGUUUCCAGGUGAGCUAUGAGCGCAAAUCGUCAAGGCGGAUUACCGGAGUGACGGAGGCGACAUGCCCCGCUGGGACGUGCCUGUGACCGGGGAGGCUUAUGGAAUAUAGCCCACCGCGUCCCAGCCCGUGUUGCCGCAAGAAGAAGGCGCUCCUCCUCAGCAUCAUGCUCUUCAUCUGGAUCUUCGUGCUCUACUCCUGCGUGGGUCCCUGCUCCACUGGGGUGCUGCUCGACCGGGACCGGGACGGGGCUCCGGUCUCUGCGGCUAGUGAGAGGACCGAGCGCGCCGACCUGCUCUCCAGGCUCCGGUGGGAGGACGUGGAGUACGAGGAGCCGGGGGCCGCCCGUGGAGCCGCGUCCCGGGACUUGCUGCUCAGCGACGAACCAGAGCCCCGGGCGCCGGAGCCCAGCUCGAUGUCGAGCUUCUCCAACGGCGCUGGGAGCAAAAAGCUGCCACAGGCAAUCAUCAUCGGGGUGAAGAAGGGAGGCACCCGGGCGCUCCUCGAGUUCCUGCGCGUGCACCCGGACAUCAGGGCAGUGGGGGCCGAGCCGCACUUUUUCGACCGCAACUACGACAAUGGCCUCGAGUGGUACAGGGACUUGAUGCCCAAGACCCUGGAAGGCCAGAUCACCAUGGAAAAGACCCCCAGCUACUUCGUGACCAAAGAAGCGCCCGCCCGGAUCUCGGCCAUGUCCCGGGACACCAAGCUGAUCGUGGUGGUGCGGGACCCGGUGACCCGGGCCAUCUCGGACUACACGCAGACUCUGUCCAAGAAGCCCGACAUUCCGUCCUUUGAGAGCCUCACCUUCAAGAACAGGACUACGGGUCUCAUCGACACGUCUUGGAGCGCCAUCCAGAUCGGUAUCUACGCCAAGCACCUGGACAACUGGCUGCAGUACUUCCCCAUGGAGCAGAUCCUGUUUGUGAGCGGCGAGCGACUCAUCAGCGACCCGGCCGGGGAGCUGGGACGCGUGCAGGACUUCCUUGGCCUCAAGCGCAUCAUCACUGACAAACACUUCUACUUCAACCAGACAAAGGGCUUCCCGUGCCUGAAGAAGGCCGAGGGCAGCAGCAAGCCCCACUGUCUGGGCAAAACCAAAGGGCGCACUCACCCCGACAUCCGCCCCGAGGUCGUGCGCCGCCUCAGAGACUUCUACCGGCCCUUCAACAUGAAGUUCUACCAGAUGACAGCUCACAACUUUGGCUGGGAUUGAUGUGGGCAGAAAAAGACUUCAUCCGUAUUUUUUAUUGUUAUUAUUACUAUUAUUAUUAUUAUUGUCAGAUCCCUGGUAAUUGAAUGGCAAAAUGUGGAGAUAUUGCUAUAUAUAUGUAAAAUGUACAGAAAUCUAUUUUAUAAUAAUUUAUUUUUAUUUUUAAGCAAUUAAUUCACUAAGCUGCCUAACCAUAAUUUUAAUAGCAUCUGGCUCACACUUUUUUUUUUUUUAUUAUAACAAACAUUCCUUUUGUCCAUUUGGCAAGUGAUUCCAGCCCGCAUGAUGUCCUACACUGGUUUCCAAUUUCGAAAACCAGAAGCAUUGAUGGCUUGAACACAGAGCUCCGAGUAAAAAGCGCCAUGUUACGGGUAUAAAGUGCUCCCAGAGGUUUCCUAACUAUCAUUAGAGUCUCUACUAUGGCUACUAUCGUUACAAAUGCUAGUAGCGCAACUAACUAUAGCUUCACUAGAAACACUAUCAAUGAAACUACUGCUAUUGGUGAUACUAGUUAUGCUACUAUUACUAGUAUCACUAUUACAGCUCCCAUAGUUAGAAUUACCAGUAUUGUCCUUCUAAUGAUAGUGUCACUAGUAAAACUACUAACACUCAUAGGCAAGUGUUUUAGCAUCCAACCAACAUGUUUUAUGCCUUAUUAUUAAACCCUUCUCGCAUCUCACGAUCCUUAUUCAACUUUCUGCCCCCCAAAAUACAUCAAAAUUACACAUAUCUUAUCUUUUUGCUUUUUCUCGUUUGUUUUCUACUUGAAUCGUUAAUAUGCAAGAAGGGAGAUUGCGCACGGUUGUCGUGGCGCUUUUUUGUUUGACUGUACAUUAGCAGACGUCACGUAUUAAAACGUGAGUCCUGAAUGUAGCAAAAAAAAAAAACGAUCUGAUGUUGUGCCUCUUAAAUUUAUACAAUUCCACUCUUUUCGACUGCUUGUUGUCUCUUUUUAGUUGCUUUUUCUCCUGGAUUCCAACUCGUGUGUCCACAUCUUGUAUCCCCGGUGCAAUGUUUAAAGAAGCAUUUACAGUUGUCAUGUCCUGCAUAGAAAAACUGAAGUUUUUUCGAGAUGGAGGGUUUAAAUGGGACCGCCGCAAUCAAGCAAAACGAGAUUAAAAAGUGACCCUGCGCUCGCAGCUGCAUUGUUUUUAUGCGGUUGAGUUUUAUUCAACCUGACUUGUUUGUGUUAUUCACAACAACACGUGUGACACGGAUGCUGAAAAGAUCAUUAUUGUCUUUGGUGAAUGAAUUUUACAUACCAUACAAAGAGCGAAAUGCAACGGCUGUUUCUAGACAAUUAAAUACUAAACAUUCAUAAUAUUUCUUUGUAUGAAGAAAUAAAUAAGUAUAUAUUUUACCAAA